GCACCGCCCCGGGGGUGGGGUCAGUGUCAGCCCCGCCCCCCGCCGCCAUGUUCACGGCGCCGCUGCGCCGGGCCUGCAGGUGCGUGUUUCUGACGAAAAGUGUGACCAUGGCCACAGGGGGGACAACCAGGCCCCCCAGCACCCCUCAUCACACCAACCGCCUGAUCAACGAGAAGUCCCCCUACCUCCUGCAGCACGCCCACAACCCUGUGGACUGGUACCCCUGGGGGCAGGAAGCCUUUGAUAAAGCAAAGAAAGAAAACAAGCUGAUAUUCCUAUCAGUUGGCUACUCCACCUGCCACUGGUGCCAUGUGAUGGAGGAGGAGUCCUUCAAGAACAAGGAGAUCGGGGAGAUUCUGAACAAGAACUUUGUGUGCAUCAAAGUGGAUCGUGAGGAGCGGCCAGAUGUGGACAAAGUGUACAUGACCUUCGUGCAGGCAACCAGCGGUGGAGGUGGCUGGCCAAUGAGCGUCUGGCUGACUCCAGACCUCAAGCCCUUUGCGGGGGGAACGUACUUCCCUCCUGAAGAUGGAGUUCAUCGCAUUGGCUUUCGGACCGUGCUGCUCCGAAUCGCAGAGCAGUGGAAGGAGAACAAAGAUGUCCUGUUAGAGAGCAGCCAGAAGAUCCUGGAAGCAUUGCUAUACAGAUCUGAGAUCCAUGUGCAGGGCCAGGCAUCACCCCCACCGUCCAAAGAGGUGAUGGCCACCUGUUUCCAGCAGCUCUCCAGGUCCUAUGAUGAGGACUAUGGCGGCUUUUCCAAAUCCCCCAAGUUCCCCACCCCAGUGAAUUUGAAUUUCCUCUUCACGUACUGGGCCUUCCACCGAACAACUCCAGAGGGUGCCCAGGCACUGCAGAUGGCUCUGCACACCCUCAAGAUGAUGGCACAUGGGGGCAUCCAUGACCACAUUGGGCAGGGGUUUCACCGCUACUCCACCGACCAGCACUGGCAUGUCCCGCACUUUGAGAAGAUGCUGUACGACCAGGGGCAGCUGGCAGCUGCGUAUAGCAAAGCGUUUCAGAUCUCUGGCGAUGAAUUCUUUGCUGAUGUUGCCCAGGACAUUCUACUCUAUGUCUCACGGGACCUAAGAGACCAGGCAGGAGGUUUCUACAGCGCAGAAGAUGCAGAUUCCUACCCCACCACAGCAUCUGGAGAGAAGCGAGAAGGAGCUUUCUGUGUGUGGGCGGCCGAGGAAAUCCGGGCUCUCCUUCCUGACCCUGUCGAGGGGGCUAUGGAGGGGACGACCCUGGGAGAUAUCUUCAUGCACCACUACGGAGUGAAGGAGGCUGGCAAUGUGAACCCCUUGAAGGACCCCCAUCAGGAGCUGAAGGGCAAGAAUGUUCUUAUUGUCCAGUGCUCCCCGGAGCUGACGGCGGCCCGGUUUGGGCUGGAGCCGGGGCGGCUGGCUGUCCUGCUGCAGGAGGGCCGGCGGAGGCUGUCAGCAGCCCGGGCGCAGCGGCCGCGGCCACACUUGGACACCAAGAUGCUGGCGGCAUGGAACGGGCUGAUGAUCUCGGGCUUUGCCCAGGCUGGGGCAGCCCUGGCCAAGCAGGAGUAUGUGAGCCGGGCUGCGCAGGCAGCUGCCUUCCUGAAGAGACACCUCUUCGACCCCGCCAGCGGGAGGUUGCUGCGGAGCUGCUACGGAGGCAAAGACGGCACGGUGGAGCAGAGCACCGUGCCCAUCCAGGGCUUCCUGGAGGAUUACGUCUUCGUCAUCCAGGCUCUCUUUGACCUGUAUGAAGCCUCGCUGGAGCAGGGCUGGCUGGAGUGGGCCCUGCAUCUCCAGCACAUGCAAGACAAGCUCUUUUGGGACCCCAAAGGCUUUGCGUAUUUCUCCAGUGAGGCUGGCGAUCCCUCUCUGCUCCUGCGCCUAAAGGAUGGACGGAGCAGAGCCCACCGCCAACUCUGUCACUGUCACAAACCUGCUGCGAGCAGCUUCUUACUCUGGCCGUACAGACUGGGUGGAAAAAGCCGGUCAGAUCUUGGCUGCCUUCUCCGAGAGGCUGCAGAAGAUCCCGAUAACCCUGCCGGAGAUGGCCCGGGCCACUGCUGUCUUCCAUCACACCCUCAAACAGGUCAUUAUCUGUGGGGACCCCCAAGGAGAAGACACGAAAGAGAUGCUGUGCUGUGUCCGCUCUGUCUUCAGCCCAAACCAGGUGCUGAUGCUAGCAGAUGGAGACAGCACUGGGUUCCUCUACCGCCAGUUGCCUUUCCUUGCAUCUCUGGAGAGGAAGGACGGGAAAGCCACCGCCUAUCUCUGCAGCAACUUCGCCUGCUCCCUGCCCGUCACCUCCCUCCAGGAGCUGCGUGGGAUGCUCGGCCCGUGAGCCCCGCGGCCCCUCUGCCUGCAGGAAGGUGUGGGGGAGACAGACUGUCAGGCCAGCCUGGGAACACGGGAGAGACGUGUGAUAAAGCCACCCUGGGCAUCAGCUGCCUCCUGGGUGGCUCCUGGCAGCGUGGCGGGGCCGUGCCCUGCCGCUGCUCGGGCGGCAUCUCAGACUGGUGCUGCUUUCAGCAUGGCCAGGGAACACUCACCAAAGAGCAUCUCCUCCCCCUGCGCACGCGUUGUUCCUCACCUCUUCUCGCUGAGGAAAAGGAAAACAAAUUAAAUAUAAAUCCCGGUGUUAAUGGAGAAGUCAGAUGGCAAAACUGUUGGGGUUCCUAUAGCAACCCAGGGUAACAUCGUCAAAAGCACCUGGAUGACUUGGGAGUCAAGUGCUUUUGAAAGUGUGACUGGUUACGGCGGGCACACUAUUUUUCCAUUACAGGGUAGGUUGUAACAUACAUUAAGUUAAUAUAUAGUGCAUGCAAAAAAGCUGCUGAUUACCACAGCUGAUGAAAACAUGCCGCAAGACCCAGCCUAAGCACUUCCAAACAGCUAGUUCUGGCUUUGCCAAGGGCGCAAAGACCUGUUACAGUUCCAGAAAACACUUUUCAAAGUCUUGUUUUCUUUGUAAAAAGGCUGGUAUCUGUGUCCGUGCUAGGAUGGGGCUGUGCUGGUUCCCCUGGGACCUGCAGCCAGGUGGGGAGCUUCCCUGGGGAGGGGGUUGCUGGAGGGGCCAGGCUUGCUGUGGCUGGGGACACCGGGGCUGAGGAUGGCAGGGCUGAGGACACCGGGAGAUGGGGGAGAUGGGGGGGCUAGCAUUCCCCCACAGCCGCCCCAGGGUCCCAUCACUGUGCCCCUGCCCAGCACCACCCGGCUGGGGGUCCUCAGCAGGGAUGGCAAGCAGCGAGAGGUGUUCAACCUGCGCCUCGGCUGGGGCCAUCAGCCCACCCUGCUGGGCAGGAGCCGAGGGGCUGGGGACCCCCGAGCCCGCAGGCAGCAGGGCUGGCAGGAGAGUGGCUGGCAGCUGCUCCAUGCUGGGGGCACAGCUGGCAAGGCAGCUUGGCUGGGGCUGCCGGAUGGGGUGCUCAGGGCUGCGGCUGUGCCAGCCUGGCCCCUGCCUUUGCUUGCAGAAUGUUCCAGUAACAACACAAGAAAUAACCCCUAAAAUCAUCUUUUGGGGCCAGUGUUUGAGGAGAGAGGUGUUUGCUCUGAACUUUCCCAACAAAGCCUAGGCUGGGCUGAGGGGCUCACCCAGCCUCACUGGGGGCUCGGCCGCAUCCUGCUGAUGCCAGCCACGGGGACGGUGCUGCCAGGCCUUGGCAUCUCUAAAUGCCAAGCAGAGGGACAUAACCCACCCAGCAGAAGUGGAACACUUGCCAACCACACAAGUUCCCUUUGCUGCUGCAUGAACUUUAUUCUCCCUUUCUUUCCCAUCAUCCCUCCUCCUCCUCCUUCUCAAGUACCACGUUUUCAGCAUCCCUCUGACACCCUGGGGCUCCCCCCACAGCAGCCCACACCCCGGCUGGCAGCGUGCCGUCAUCUGGCAGCAAAGCGAUGCUGAGCCGCACUGCCCACCGGCUUUCCAGUAGGUUGUGCCAGAAUUUGGGGGUAACCAGCCAGGAGAAAUGCCUUUGAAGUCAAAGAGGAAUUUUGCACCUCAUCUCAUGAAUGCUUUCUAUGCUUGUGGAAGAGGAGGGAUUUUUAUUUUCUCUCCUCUCUUGGUUUUAAAAGCUGAAGUGUUUCUGGAAAUUCAGCUGAAAAUUGCUGUUUUGGCAGAUGACUGGCUGCUUUCCCCUAGUGGUUUUGGGGUUUCUGUUUGGGUUUUUGUUGUUGUUGUUGUUUGUUUGGGGUUUUUUUUUGUUGUUUUUUUAACUUGGCAUCUCUACUGUGGGAAUUGAUUUGACACCCAUCCUCAUGACUGCUCGGAGUGAGUUAGUUGGUGCUGUGUCCAUGCUGGGAGAGCAUCCUCAGAGAGCAGGGCCAGUGCUGAGCACCUGUGGGGAAGCCCAGACAUCUCAGGACCUGUGGCCAGCCAGGUCCAUUGCAACAGCUGUCCCCGAGACGCCACGGGGCUGGGGACGACGUGCCAAGCCUGUUUCAGUGCCCACCAGCCGCCCGUGGCACAGGCACAGGGUGCCUUUCUCCCGUGCUGUCUUGCUUGUCGGCAUGUCUCUGUAAGCAGCUGCUAGGCAAAAAUGCUCUGUGAACCUCUGUCAGGAUGAAUUGAGCUCACCUCUCAGAAAAAAAAAAUUAAACCAAAACAAAAAAGGAAGAAAAGUUUUCUGUAAUAACUAACGGAUGCUGUGGCACCUUGGUCCUCCGGGCGCCUCCGCCUCGCUGCUGCCCGGGAGCUGGUGGCCCCAUCCUGUGAAGCCCCAUGCUCUCUGCCCCAUCCCCGGAGCCACCCGGCUGCUUCAGCCCUUCAGCUUUAUGGCCUUGACAAGGGGCAUUUUGCUUGAGUUCAGCUGCAGCUUGCCCCUCGCUGGUCCCCUCUGUGUCUCCCGGCCAGGCUGGGUGCUGGGGCACCCAUGGGUGCUGCUCCUUGUUGGCCAGUGGUGCCAAAGGAGGGCCUGGCUGCAGGAGCCAGCACAGCCACGGUGAUUUAAGCCUCCUGGCAAUGCUUCCUUCCUUAUUAUUUUCCUGUCACUCACCCAUGGAUUUCACUGCAAAUGCUGUUGAUUUGCUGCAAGUGAUGUUUUCUGGGGUGAUUAACAGGAGAUGGGGCUGGCAGGGUGCUGCUCAGCUGGCCCCGGCUCUCAGGAGGGUGCUGGUGCAGGGUCUUGGUGCUUGGAGAUCCCAUGCCACCUCACAAUAUCCAUUUCCCUGACCCCUUCCCACAUUCCCUGUGGUGGCAGAUGUGGGGACUGCCGGGGACUCCCCCCGGGGCAGCACCGAGUCCCCAUGUCCCACUGGUGGGGAGGCUCAGGGUGGCAGGAGGCAGCAGCCCGCGCUCCCCUGCUCCUCUCCAGCUGCAGAUUUGUGAAAAAAAAAUAAAAAUGCAUCAAAUAACGGAUGUGCUGCUUUUUCCCCACUAACACUUGGGUUUUGGUUUCUGGGCCAGCCUGGACACCAGGCUCUGGGCUUGCCUGGAAGCCCCAGCA